GGUCAAAGGCUGCAAUUGAAUUCAUUGAGGUUUAGGUUGCUCGCCCACAGUGAACUGCGGCUAGUGAUUCUCACAUUGAUGGCAAGUCGGGGAGUGAGACUUCAGUAGUCCGCUCUCGAAGUGAAUCAGUGCGUAAAGAGCCAUCGGAUAUAGUAGAGUUUUGGAGUGAUCGCAUACGAAAAAUCGAGAGGUUUCGGAAGACCUUUUCUACAUAUUUUCUUUCUCUCGGACAGCGGACUUAAGUUUUCAUCAUGCCGGUGUUUCACACAAAGACGAUAGAAAGUAUCCUGGAGCCAGUGGCUCAGCAGAUAUCCCAUCUGGUGAUAAUGCACGAAGAAGGUGAGGUUGACGGGAAAGCGAUCCCAGAUCUCUGCGCUCCCGUGGCAGCGGUACAGGCAGCUGUCAGCAACCUCGUCCGGGUGGGCAGAGAGACUGUGCAGACCACAGAGGACCAGAUUAUGAAAAGAGACAUGCCACCUGCCUUCAGCAAGUAAGGCCCACACAGACAGA